AUGCUCUCCCUGCGAGAGCUCAUUGCCCAACAAAGCCAAGAAUCAAUUGAUACUACAGUUCAACAACAAAGUCAGGAAUCGUCGUCAGUACAGCAAGAAGAAAUCAAUCCUAGCCGGAGAGAUAAUGAUGGUAGUAACAAUAGUACAACAACAGUUCUUUCAUCGCCAAAACUGGAACUCGACCAAAAUGACAACAUUUGGAAACGCAAGGCCAAGGCGAUACAGGUUUCUCCACCACGACAUGGCAGGAAACGGAUAAAGCCUAAUUUAGUUGAAGAAAUUGACGACGACGACAACGACGAAUCCUCUCAAGGUGAAGAGUGGUUUGGAGAUGACGAUGAUGAUAUUGAUAAUGGUGGCUAUGAUGAUGCAGAGAAUGAUCAUGUGGAUCGCAACGUUGCGUUUCAAGAAUUGAGCAAGUCGCUUCCACAAGCAUUGAGUGCUAUCUACAGCCAUAGCAGUAGUAGUUUUCCGCAUGACAAGACACAACAACUCUCCAUCUUAAAUCGAGCGUUACAUUCCAAACACAAGUCGGUCACCUUUCAAUCCCGGGUGGAACGACUUCAGCCAAGAACAAAGCAAGUCCGUAAAAGGUAUAGCAAGAAUCAUAUCGAGACAGAAACGGUGGAAGAAGCUCGAGAACGUGUACUUCGACGAGAUCGAGAUGUCGAGCGAUACCAAGUGGCGCAACGCUGGCAAAACCGCAAAAUCAAUUACACUCUAGAGAAGGAUGUGAACAACGUCUUUGGCUACCGAGUGCACCGGGUGUUGGCCCGCAAAUUCAAACAGCAAGAGCGACAAAAACACCAGGCAAUACGGGACCAACAGCAAAGAGAGUUGCAAAUCAAACAAGAAGAACGACAGAGAGGUCUGGUAGAUUAUGAUUCGGAGGACGAACAAAAUCAACUGCUCGACCGAUUGACCCAAAACUCUGCCGUGAGCGAGACGAUCCAAACGCAAGAGGAAGAAGAUAUGGCAGAACAAGAAAUAAAAGACCCAUCGAUUCCCUUGAAGGAUCAAAUGGACUUUUGGGAAUAUGGCAAAGCCUAUCCGAGCAAGGAGGAUCUGGCGGAAUUUGACUAUGAAAAGUUGUUUUCUUUUCAACCCGUCCAGACGCUUGCAGAACUUGCAGAGCAAGCAAAGAUCAAUAAGCUAACGCCGGCAGAACGGCGCAUACGACAGAGUCAGACAAUGUCCAUUUCUGCCUUUUUGAAGAUGAGACCCGAAAAGAAAACGGAAACGCCUAGCCCGCGAUAUUUCUUUCCCAACAGUCACGGCAGCACCGAAACAUUGGACCAGUUUGGGCAUAUUCGGCAUUUCCGAGCCAUUGCCAUGAGACAGUUGUCUUCUCGGUCGCUGAGCGAAUCCACCGAAAAUCGAUUGAUUCGCGCCUUGCUCGUAAAACGCAACCAUGGUCGGAUCAAGGGACCGGUGGCCGAUUUUUCGUCGCUUCCAACCUACAAGACAAUGACACAUCAAUUGGCAGCUAACUUGCUCUUGUAUCAUGAACAUUCUUGGACCGAUCCCGAGCUGGUGGCGGAACACUUGGGCUUGACUGGUGAUUUGGCUGGGUUCACGGGUACAGCCGUUCAAGUGGUCGACUUUUUCAAAGCGAGAAGAGACUUUUGCAAGAAGCAUUAUCUUCGAGGGAAGAAGGACUUGAUCGAGGAAAAGACGAAUGGCACUAUUGCUAAUGGUACAGACGAGACGUUACGAGAUCAAUCGGACAAUGCCCAAACCAAAGAGGUGGGCUCGUUUGGAGAAUUGCUUCCCUCCUCUUCUCUCUUUGCCCAUAUUCCAGGUACCAAGGCACCUGUUCCAGAAAUGCCACUGGAACCAGCUGCGAUGCUUUUCGGUCCUGUCGAUAAGCAUGCCAAGUUCUUUCACAAAUCCAAGAUUGGCGAAACGACCAGCCGUCUCAUUGUAUCGACUUUUCUGUGCCGAAUGGCGAAGCAGCAUUCUUCGGAUACUUUUGCGAGCGGAGAAGCUAGUAGCAACCCAUCCGAGGACCUGAAAGCGUUCAUGGAAGAGUAUGUGCAGAUUCAUAGUUCCAAGACAUCCAACUUCUUUGGACGCAUGCAUGGAAUGGUAAAUGUUGCCAAUGUCCAUUAUUACAAGUCAUUGAUGAGUUAUUGCAGCUUGCUGGCCAACGGGUGUCCACUACCGGCGUCGACAAACGAAGCAAUCAAGGUGGAAGAUCGUGAAGACGACGACAUGUAUGCUACGGAAGGUGUGUGCAAGCAAGCAAGAGAAAUUGUCAGUGUCUUGCAGAGUCAUGUCGGUUGUGCGGAAGUGGCAAAAUUCCCACGAUUGCGGAUUGUCUUUUCCUUGGCGCAGAUCGCCUCGAGCCUGCCAGAGUCGGCUGCAGAUAUCUUGUCCCAAGCAGUCGAUGGGGAGCAAGUACGCACACCACUAGAUUUGUUCAAACAAACAUUGGAGCACAUGGAAGAGAGAGAAAUGAUUGUCUCCCAAAAGGACUUUCCAGAUGACGACACGGUUGACGUUGGAAAUCUAGAGUACUUGUUCUUUCAAGCCUCCAAAACACUCCAGGAGAAUAUUCAAGUCGAUGCUCUGGAUUUGGAUCAUCAUUUAUGGUACAUUGGUGCUCUGGCUUCGUGUCUUCUCCUCUGUUCGGGAAAUAGAAUUGGCGGUGGUGCACACAUGUAUCCAUCUCGAAAAAGUCGAAUGACUUUUUAUGGGUACUCCAAGUCACUCCCACACGAAGUACGCUACAAGCUGCCCAAAUUCGACGACAUGCGCCAGGCACUGUCCUCGGCCAUUAAGAUGCUUUUCCAACUUGCAAGCUAUCAAAAGGGAUCCAAAGUGCACCUUGCUGUUUGUUCCCUACUCGACUGGAAAGAAGUUGUGGCAUUGCUGGCUGGUGAUUCAGGUCCAAGCAAGUGUGAUGACAUUUGUCGUCUUUAUUCCCAUCAUGCCAAGAAGUGGGCAUUGAGUGAUCAAAGUUGGAAGUCUGGGACUACUAGUACUACUUUGGAGAAGAAAGACCACGCCUUUGAGACAGAAUUAUUGGCGCGGCAACUGGAAAACCGUCCCGGCACCAUUGAGGUUUGGCGCAAAUUUGUACAGAAGCUCGGACCACUAGGACAUUGUGAGAAUGGCACUGCACCUGACGAAUCUACUACUGAUUGCCCUCCUCGAGAUGAUUGCAUUGUGAACCACUCGAAAGACUGGUGGGGCUCCAGCCGCAAAUGGUGGAUUGGGAGUCUGUUGCACAUGGACUCUUUGAAAAUAGCGCGGAGGUGGAAACCUUAUAUCAACGGAGUGAUUGAGAAACUGGAAGAACCAUCGAACAUGCCAGAAUGUGCUCCAUACGUUCCCCAUUUCCCGGAGCAUGAUGAUUACGACACUGUGAAAUCAUUGGAGGAGACUUGGACAAGCUGGCUUCCGUUGGAAACAAUAGGACUGCAUACAAACAAAUGUGAAGGCGAUCGAGCAACAUGCUUUGAUGACAAGCUACCCGAUCGAACAGUCCCCCGAAAUAGCUCUGAUAUGCUGGAAGAUAUGGAACAGAAAGAAGAAGAAGACACAGAGUUUCGUCUCCCAAGUUUGGGGCCGUCUACCAAGGAACCUCGCCCAAGAAGAGCCGCUGCUUCAAAACAAAAGCAAGUCCAAGACUCGAGUGACAACAAAAGUGAAUCAUCAUCUUCCAGCAGUGAGGAUGAUGAUGAUGGUCAAACACAAGCAAGUGGCGAAAGUGAUUCAGGCAGUGACGAUGAUGGCGAUUCUAGUGACGAUGAUAGCACCUAUGCCCACGAAUGA